AAAGAAACAUCCACCAUAACAUGUCGUCUUUUAACGAGUCUGUUGGCCUGGGUUAUCUGAAGACUAAUGCCAUAGAGUUUGUCAACUACAACAAGCGUCAGAUGAGCCGUAUCUACCCCAAAGGAGGUCGGGUGGACUCCAGUAAUUACAUGCCUCAGAUCUUCUGGAACGCAGGCUGCCAGAUGGUCUCACUCAACUUCCAGACCCCAGACCUCGCCAUGCAGUUGAACCAGGGAAAGUUUGAGUAUAACGGCUCCUGCGGGUACCUGCUGAAGCCUGACUUCAUGCGGCGGUCAGACAGGAUGUUUGAUCCCUUCUCAGAAACACCCGUGGAUGGUGUCAUUGCUGCAACCUGCAGUGUACAGGUGUUCUCUGGUCAGUUCCUGUCAGACAAGAAGAUUGGCACAUAUGUUGAAGUGGACAUGUACGGGCUGCCGACGGACACCAUCAGAAAAGAGUUUCGCACACGCAUGGUGAUGAACAAUGGGCUUAACCCUGCCUACAACGAGGAACCCUUCGUCUUCAGAAAGGUGAUUUUACCAGAUCUUGCAGUACUGCGGAUUGCAGUCUAUGAUGACAACAACAAGCUGAUUGGCCAGCGCAUCCUGCCUCUGGAUGGCCUACAGGCUGGUUACCGCCACAUCUCUCUGAGGAAUGAGGGCAACAAACCCCUAUCGCUGCCCACCAUCUUCUGCCAAAUCAUCCUCAAGACCUACGUGCCCGACGGCUUUGGAGCAAUUGUGGACGCUCUUUCUGACCCAAAGAAGUUCUUGACCAUAGCGGAGAAGAGAGCUGACCAGAUGAAAGCUUUGGGCAUUGACACGAAUGACAUAGCGGACGUUCCCAGCGGAAGCUCAAAGAAUGACAAGAAGGGAAAGGGUAAAGGGGACACUGUGAAGGCCAGUGUGACACCACAAGCCAGCUCAGACAUGGCCCAGUCCUCCAACGCUGCCCAGAAUAACAUAGAAAACAAGAAGGACUCUGCACUCGUGCCUCAUGUCAGCAUUGAUGAAUUAAAGCAAAUGAAGACGUACCUGAAAUUGAUUAAAAAGCAACAGAAGGAGCUUGGUGCUUUAAAGAAGAAACAUUUGAAGGAUCAAAAUACAAUGCAGAAGGCUCACUGUGGUCAGAUGGAAAAGAUGGUGUCUCUGCACGACAAGGAUAAGACAUCCCUGGAGAAACUACUAGAAAAAGCCAUCAAGAAACGUGGUGAAAACAACUGUCAAGAGCUGAAGAAGGAGACAGAAGAUAAGAUCCAAACACUACUCAAUGAUCAUAAAGCCAAGGUGAAGGACAUCACAGCGCAGCACACCAAAGAGUGGUCGGAGCUGAGCAGCAGUCACAGCAGUGAGGAGCAGGAGAUAAAGGACGGCCAUGUCACUCAGCAAUGUGAACACCUCAAGAAACUCCUAACCACUGUUCAGGAGCAGCAGACCGUGCAGCUCAAACUCAUCCAUGAACGGCAAAGCAAAGAGAUGCGAGCCAGCCAGGCCAAGAUGUCCAUGGAAAACAGCAAAGCUAUCAGCCAGGACAAGAGCAUCAAAAACAAGGCAGAGAGAGAAAGGAGAGUGAGGGAGUUAAAUAGCAGCAACACCAAGAAGUUCCUGGAUGAAAGAAAGAGGCUGGCUAUGAAGCAACAGAAGGAGAUGGAGCAGCUACAGAAAAACCAGAGAGAACAGUUGGAGAAACUGGAGAAGUUCAAUGAGCAGGCCAAGGACAUGCAGCAGAUGGUGAAGCUGGAGGAGGAGAUGGACCGCAGGCCUGCCACAGUGGUGUGAGCGACUGAGACACAAACACACAUGUAUACUCCUACACACACACACACUUCGUGGACAGUACUCUACAACCAGAGACAAAAACCCUGCCUUCAUCACUGUCUCUGUUCUUUUCUGCCAUGUUCACACACACACACACACACGUUAGUCUUCUCCAUUCAUCUGCACUCCCUGUUCUCUGCAACUGUUCCCCACCCACUAACUUUAUUACACUGAGCCACUGGUGCUUACCACUGUUUGCUGGGAUUCAACCACUUAUUAAAAAAAAAAAAUUAUUUUAAAGAGUUAGCGACAGAGUCAGGCGCAUACCCUCCUCCACCGUCUGUUAAUCAAAAUGUUCUAUCACACACACGUGUUCGCUCAUGGGUUAGAUUGAAGUGGGCAUCUGUUCCUGUUUUUUUGUACUUUUAUUUUUUAGUCAGUACACAAUUUACUGCUCCAGGUACUGCGUUAGGUGAGGGGAGGAGUAUAUGAAGAUUUGUCAUUUUACAGCACAAAUGAAUAAACUUUGUGAAAUACACUGUAUGCUACACACCAGUCCUGUCCUGAGCACUUUGUACGUAACAGACCGUCAUAACAAUGUGGAAAAUGUAGCAGUACUAGAAUUCUGUAUUUCAGUAAGAAUGUAUUUUUUAAAAGAAAUUACUGUAUGAAGGAGACACAAAGUUCUGUCACUUAACCCUACAAUGCAAGUUCAAGUUUCACAAACAAGUGUUUGACUUUUUGUUGUUGACCAGUGUUACAGUAGACUUGUUAGACCCCCGUGUACUGCACAGUGCAAGGACUCUAAUCAAAUUGCAAUAUUUAUUGUUGUGUGCAGUCAGAAGUCUGUAAAGAGAUCGCAAGGAUUAAUGGUGUUAUGUCAGAUUUCUACCUUAUACAUGAGGAUGUACCUGAGAUUUUACGAAAUAGGUGUCUCACGUGACCUUAAAGUGGUGUAUAACAGUAAUUACUUUGCUCGAUUUAUGUCUUCAACUGCAAAAAUCUUAAUCUAAUAUUUUAUACAUCUAAUUUGGACUUUGAAACCCUGUGUACUAUGCAAAUAAACAAAUGUAACACCUAUUUUCCAGUAUUAGUUGAUAAACGUAUAGGUUAAAGUAUUACAGUAAUACUAACCAACCCCUGUGGAUUUGUACGCCUUCAAUGAAAUGAUACAAAGGCAAAUGAACUGAACAUCUACCAGUAGGCUCAGGAAGAAUAAGAUGCUUACGUGCAUUAAUCAAAUCAAGCAAAAGCUGUAAUACACUGGCAACAGACUGAAUCCAUACUUAUUAAAACUAAUUAAUUCAGCUGUAAUAGCUCCUCAUUUUAACUGACUGGCAUUUCACCGUCAAACAAAAACUUGGGCUGACACAAGUCAGUGCCAUCUAAUCCUGUCAGUCUCCCACUCACUUAUAAUGUAGUGCCCCCUUAAUAGCUUCCUGACUCUCACCUUAGAAACCUAAAUUCUCAUUGUGUCCCUGCUCACCUUUGGUCAGGGGACAUCACACAAUAAUUACAGCAGAUCUAUAACAAAACCCGUUACAUGGCUGCUACACAAUCCACACAGGGGAUUUCAGAUGAGGCCUAUUUCCCCCUCAUGUCCCACAAUGCCUCCUUUAGAAAAAAGAAAGAAAAAAAACUAGCAGCAUUUUGUUAAACUACAGAAGCUGUAAUCAGCCAAAGCACUGCUGGACACAAAAGCUGCUGCUGCAGGGAGAGAGAUAUGAUGUGGAAAUAAAUAAACUAAUCCUGUGGGUACUGUUGUAUUGUGCACAUAAAACCAAGCCAGGUAAUUAUACUGCAACACAAAGACCAACCAAAUGACAAAAAACACAUUAUUCUAUUGAUAUGACAACACACUGAAAUGUGGGGAUAUAAAAGCACCUUGAGGUAUUUUGGCAUUUUGUUAAGAUUAUUAUUAUUGUUCUGCUGUAACCCACUUAAAGGGUAGAGGGGAUAUUCUUGUAUAUACUGGAAUGUAUGUAGUUUCACUUACUUUUUGACCAGUUGUGUUCUGUCAUUCAAGGGCUUGGGGAUAGAUUGGAGAUUGUUGGAGAUUUUGGGGGAAAUACAUUUUUCAACCACUGGGUUUUCUUGUUUGUUUUUCCCAGUCUGCCCUUAAUGCACCGCACAACACAGUAUAAAACUCUCACCACAUAUCUAGAUAAAUGAGUAAAAAAGAAAAAAGUGCUUUUAAACUUUAUUCCAUCGCUUUCAUAUGUGCCACUCUGUGUCUGGUAGGAAGUUUAAAUUAUUUUAUGAAUGAUAAAAUGCCAAAUUAAGGGGUUAUUUAUAUGAAGAUAUAUAAAUGAAUAUAUAUUAUAUAUUAGAUAUGUGUAGUUUAAGAUUAUGUUUUUAGAGGCUUUUUUGCACUAGUUGAAUGUUUUAUGUUGUGUGAUUACAUGUAACCUUUAGCUCUCUAGUUUGUCUAAAAAGCAGAUUAUUUUUGCACAGCAAUGUCACUGAUUUUAAGUUCCUCGGGUUCGCCUGUAUCUCCUCUGUUUUCUAUAUGAACUGUAGCUUGUCAACAAACCAUUCUGUGCGCGUUUUUGUAUUUAUAUUGUAUUGUUGAACUUUGUUGAACUUAUAGCAAUGAAAAUACUGUUGUUAUCCAGCUCCUUUAAUACUGUUUUAUAGUAUGUGUACCAAUAAAACCAGGUGUAAAAUGGGA